ACGAAUUCCGGCGUGGCACUCUGAUAUUUCUCCGGUAGCGGUUGUUCAGCGUCAUUGACGAUCAAGACUUCGAUAAGCACAUCGUCGCUCCACAGCGCAGGGAGGCUGCGUUCAUCUGCCAUCAUCGACAUCACGCCGUGGAUCAAAGCAUUAAAUCUACACCCCAGUGCAUCAACGCCAACACAAUUGCCUACGAUCUAAAAGUCUGCCGGCACCUUUGUCGUUAUCAUCGAAAUGGAUCCUACCAACACCAUCAACGUCCUCAUUACCAGUAUAGCUGGCACCGGCCUCCCACCCACUCUAACCUUCGCCCUCCCCGCCUCAACAACCGUCACUGAGCUGCGCGACCGGCUCCUCUCCCGGCUGCCUGGCUCCCUGGAAUCACCUGCCACCUUCCGCUUUCUCCUUACCACCAAUUCCAACAAACAACUCCCUUCCUCCUCCACUCAGCCCCUCUCCUCCCUCCUGCCAGGUCUCGGAAACAAUGACUUUCUCCCCCUCCGCCUCUCCCUCCCGCUCUGCGGCGGCAAAGGCGGUUUCGGUUCUCAGCUUCGCGCCCAAGGCGGGCGCAUGUCUUCAAAACGCAAGAAGAACGGCUUGCAAGGGGAAGACAACGGAUCCUCGCGUAACCUAGAUGGACGACGUUUGCGGACCAUCACAGAGGCCAAGGCGUUGGCCGAUUACCUGGCCAUCAAACCCGACAUGGAGAAAAAAGAAAAAGAGAAGCGAAGGAAGCGGUGGCAGCAAAUUGUAGAGCAGACGGAAAAGCGGCAGGAGGAGAUCAGGCAUGGGAAGGCAGGAGGUGGGGGAUUCAUGUUGGAUGGUAAGUGGGUGGAGGAUAAGGAGGAGCUGGAUGAGAGGACGAGGGAGGCGGUGAUGACGGCUCUGAAGAAGGGCGCGUACACGGAUAAUCUGUCGAUGUUGGCGGCUACGGCGGCUGCGGCGAAUGCAGCGAAUCCUGGGGAGGGCGGUUCGGGGAGUGGGAGUGGGUCGUCUUCCGGGGGUGAAGCGAUGAGUGAGGAUGAGAAGGAGAGUGAGCGGGAUGGUGCGGCUACACCACCAUCGGAACCGGAGCCGGAACCGAAGAUGGUGGUGGACAAGGAAAAGCUGAAAGGCAAAGAGAAGGAGACGGUGCAGCCGAAGGCGCAGAUCAAGACCUUCGCUGGCUUUGAUGACGAUGAUGAGUUUAUGAGCUCUGAUGAUGAGUGA